AUGAGUACUCAUUCAUCUGUCUCUGAUACCGUCUCCGAGAUCGACCCAUAUUUUCGCACCAUCGGUCGCGCCACCCCUGAUUCUGGCUUCAAAUCUUCUCCCGCGGAUUCCCUAGUGGAGCUCAGCAGGCCUGUCGUUACAUUCCCUUUGCCGCCUCGUCGUCGACUCCGUCCCGGGGACAUAGUGACCAAUCCAUAUCCUGAAAGCUCAUCGACCAAGCCGACAUCACACAUUCAUGAACCCGUAGCGCUCUAUGGUGUAGCGAUCGGAGGAGAGAAUCGACGGGUACCCGCUGGGAUUCCGGGAAGGGCUCAAGUGAAAAAGGACCGUUAUAGCAGCGCAUAUAUGCACAACAAGCGACCUUCAUCAGCCGUCAGAUCAAGCCCAAAUACUCCUAGUCAUGCCGAUGGCCAAACGGCUGGAAUUCGAGCCCGUAAUCCUAGCCAUUAUCUUGCUCGAAAUACUCAAUCUUCUAUCUCUGGCAAUGUUAAUUUUAUCAAACCUCUCAAUGCGCCACUGCCAAGCUCCUCGACAGAUCCAAGCUCUGCUCUGUCGUCUGAUCGGCUCGGGCUACCAAGGCGACCCCAUCGGACUGACUCGGUGAUUUCCUUUCCUAGUGAAGUUAAUCUCGCUCUCCCGCCAGGGUUCCCUGAGAGUUGCCAUCAAGGGUCUCCACACCCCUAUCAGAAUGGUCGACCGCCUCCUCGUGAUGACAAUCCCGUCAUUGAUCAUUGCCCAACACCCGAUCUUCAACAUGCGGCACGUCUCAAUGCGUUGAAUGUGGCUUUACAGAUUGAUGACAAUCCAGUGGAGAAGAUGGGGAUGAGUCAUUCCCAACCAACCAAUCAGCAAGCUUCACAUUCAAACUCGAUCUCGAGAAAGCCUGAUGCUCCACUCACAUCUGUCCAGCGCAUCCGCUUCGCACCGCCACCAAGAAAGUCAUUAAUCAGAGUAACAACCUCUACCUUUCCUACGCUCUUACGGACUGCAAACGAAGCUGCCAAAAAGCCGCCAAGAAGCCGCAAUAAAUCGGGAUGGAAACGUUUAAUCUUUCCUCAGCCAAAGGCACAGACCCCGUCACGGCCAGCGAUUUCACUACCUUUAUCGGACAGUUUUUUGGUCACCGCUUCAGGAACUUUGCCUAUCACGCCAAAACACCAUGAACCACGUAGUCCAUCCAAUCAUUCUGAGCUACAAUCACCUGGCACUCAACUCACAUCUUUACCAAUCAGCAUGUCACGACAUGCUAGCAUCGAGAAUCUAGCUGCCCGGGCUUACACUUUUCCAGAAGUUAACCCGGAGAGUCAGACACUUCAGACAGCUCGGCCUCGGCCGCGGUCUCGCUCAUUUUCCGGUCUCAAUACUUGCCAGACCUAUGCGCGUCCACCUGGCUCAAUCCCACCCUCCUACUACGGAAAUGUGGGCUAUCCUCAUCCCGCAUCCAGCUUGAGCACGUCAAACCCUUUGAUGAUACUGCCCGAACUUGGACCCCAAUGCGCACUACCUCUUGCAGCGCCGUCUCAUCCACCAUCUACUCAACCUCGCCAGGGUCAACUUGGGAGUUAUACGUUCAUCGAACACUUCCCACAGAGAAGACCCAGCGCUGAGCCUCACGUCGAAUCAUUGCCUAUCACAAACCAGAAAAAGUCGGUUCGAUUUCGCCGCACACUCGAAUUGAUUCCAGAUCCCGCUUUUCUCGCUUCCCUUUCCCCCUGUCGCGAUGAAAGAAAUAUGUCUCACGGUCCAAAACCACUCAAGUCGUCUGCCGAUCGGCCGGGUACAGGCUACGAAAGAAAUAAAUCCCUUUACACUUCCGGAGUUGGUCCAACCGGUGCACCCCAACAAAGCCCAUAUCGUCCUACACCUUCAGGAUCUGCACAGUAUAACUCAUCAUGUGAGCCUAACGCAACCCAAAAACAAAACAGCACCCAAGCAACAAAAACAAAAGUGGGUAUGGGAAUGAAGCUACUCAUGCGGGCGACACGAAGAAAUUCGGACGAGACAUCCCUAUCUUUUAGUCUCAGAAGCGAGACAGGAUCAAUCAAAAACUCGUCUCAAUCGGAGAUACCGAUGAUAUCAGAACCUCGUGAAUCCGCAGUGGAAAAAGCUCAUCACGAUCUGACUACUAAGAGAAAUCAGGAUAAGAAUACUAUGGAAGAUGCGGACUUCAAUUUGCUGAAGAGGACGUUGGCACCUAAAUUGAAUUUAACGUUUGUGGAUCUUGAUCAUCAUAUCGGAAGUCGAUUCUCGGUCAACACCCUAUUCAAGGAAGUUCAGAAAGCCAUUCCUGAAAUCUCGCCGCUUGAUCCCUCAAAAGUUCCUCCUGAGGAUGUUCUCUAUCCACAAGCCCAACCGACUCAAUCCGCAUCACAUGAGCACGCCCGAUCCCAAUCGACCUCAUGCUUGAACUCGCACGUACUUCAUGGACCCGUGAUCAGUCACCAUGGUCGAACACAUACAAGGACGCAGACGGUACCAGAUGCCUCAUCGGAUGUAAAAGUCCCGCAAGCGAUAUCAAAUGAUUUCAGACUGUCUCGUCCUAGAACUCGGCCGAAAUUACAGGUACAGCGAGCAUCAAAAGUUGGGAACGAAAACGAGAAUAAACCGAUCUGUGAAUCGAUUGAGGUGGUCAAGGCCGAGGGUCGCGAGUUGACUUUUGAGAUGGUGGUACCAAACUCUCAUCUGUCUUCCGGAAGUCGCUCACCAGUCCCAAGAUGUGAUAAAGACAUUGGGACCGAAUCCAAGGUUUCGAAAAUAGCCGAGCAGCCAUCGACAAAGCUUUGCGUUGAGAAUUAUGAACACGAAUUGAAAAAGAUGUCGGAUAGAUUGGUGGCCUUGGAUAACUCACUUGAAGCCUCUCAGACAAAAAACACUCCGACCGAUAUGCAAGCUGUACCUGCACAAAAGAAACUCGAAAGGGUUGAGACUUGGUUAUCUUCUGUACCGCCUUCAGCAGUGAGCGUGGUCAUUUCGCCUGGCGGUCAGAAUAUUCAUCAUCGUCCUCUAGAUUGGCCUUUGGGACAUGAAGGACAAGAUUCACCUAUCUCAGCAAUCUCAAGUGAAGCGCUUCAGCCAACUUCAGAUUACGAUGAAACAGAGAGAUGGCAAGAAGAUUUUCCUGAAUCACCUAUUGACCGAUACGCGAUGCCUAUCCGUCUAGCCCGUUCUGGUUCGAAGACAAAAGCAACUCGGGUUUUGAAAAGCUCAAAUGUACAAAAAACUACGGCGAACAAAGUGUUGGAUGAGCAGGGUCGAUUCACUCAAAGUCCUGCAAGCCAGUUAGGAACUUUCAAGCUUGAUCUUCCACCCGUAAAGAAUAAAAACAAUCCGGCUUCAAUGGAUCUCAGGAAAGAUGAUGCUAACCCUACGGGAUUGGUAAGAAUCCGAGCUCCUUCUGAUUCAUCUUCUGGAACGAGUACAGCAGCAACAAAAAUACCAAAGGUGACUCAGAUGGUGGCAAUACAUGAAAGGCCCAAAUCUGAUUGUCGAGCUCGAGAUUCGAGUAUACUUUGA